CGAGAAUAAUAAGAAAUGAGUGGCUCCGGAAAGCCUCUUCUUGGUCUUUGGCUUUACCGAAGCGGCGAAGAUUGGAGUUACAAAGAAGAUUGUCCUCUUCAAACUGCGGCCACGGGAGUUAAUCAGUCGGCGACCGAGGAACCAAAACCAAAAGUGGAAAAAAUCUCUGUAAUUUUUACGCUAAAAAACCAAGUCGGAGGUUUAGUCCGAGCUCUGCAAGCGUUCCAAGACCUCGGCAUCAACGUAAAUCACAUCGAAUCUCGUCCAUCUCAACUAGCCGAUAAUCAAGUCGAUUUCUUGGUAGAUAUUGACACCGAUCAACGUAAAUUAGAUCAGUUAGGGCGUCUACUCAAAAGAGAAGUGCAAACUAUGGUCAUAGGUACUUAUGGAAACGGUGAAGAGGACGAAUUUCCUCCUCCCACUCCAUUAUCGGCAACUACGAGUUUCGACUUUGAUGACAUGCCUUGGUUUCCGAAGAAAAUCUCAGAUCUUGAUCAAGCCCAAAAUGUCCUAAUGUAUGGAGCUGAACUCGAUGCUGAUCAUCCAGGCUUCAAAGAUCCAGUUUACAGGAAAAGAAGAGAACAAUUCUUUAGAAUUGCAAUGAAUUAUAAACAUACUUUUAGCGGCCAACCGAUACCGAAGGUUCAGUACACUCCUGAAGAAAUAAAAACGUGGGGAACCGUCUUCCGCGAACUCCACAAACUUUAUCAGAAGCACGCUUGUCGAGAGUACUUGGAAAAUUGGCCUCAGUUAGAAAAAUACUGCGGCUAUCGAGAGGACAACAUCCCUCAACUGGAAGACGUAAAUGUGUUUCUAAAGCGAAAAACGGGCUUUCAACUCCGACCAGUUGCUGGAUACUUGAGUCCAAGAGAUUUCCUUUCUGGGUUGGCCUUCCGCGUCUUUCAUUGCACCCAAUACAUUCGACACUCUUCGGACCCAUUUUACACCCCUGAACCUGAUUGUUGUCAUGAAUUACUUGGACACAUGCCGUUGCUCGCAAACCCCAGUUUUGCCCAAUUUUCGCAAGAAUUGGGGCUAGCGUCUCUGGGAGCCUCAGAAGAGGAUGUCAACAAAUUGGCAACACUUUAUUUUUUCACCGUUGAGUUCGGUUUGUGCAAGCAAGAGGGCGAAAUGCGCGUUUACGGUGCUGGUCUCUUGAGUUCAGUGGCUGAACUUCGCCACGCUCUUAACACUCCUGAAAAAAUAAAACGUUUCGAUCCGGAUGAAACGGUCAAACAGGAGUGCAUAAUCACGUCUUUUCAGCUCGGUUAUUGGUACACUGAUUCUUUCGAGGAAGCUAAGGAGAAAAUGAGGACUUUUGCGGAACAAAUUCAGCGGCCGUUUGGGCUGCGCUACAAUCCGUAUACUCAAAGUGUGGAAGUUUUGAGUAAUGAACAGAAAAUAACAGCCGUGGUCUCGGAAUUACGCGGAGAUUUGUGCAUUGUAAACAGCGCUUUGAAGAAAAUCAGCGCGAGACAUGCCAAUUUGAAUGUUGAUAAAAUUGCCAAUCUUUUGCAAACUGGACUUGCCACCUCAAAUGGGGAAGACAAUCAAAACUAAAAAUAUACCAAAUUUGAAUUGUAACAUUUAUGGACCAGAUUAUAU